CACGGACCGUGCCGGGCUGAGCCGCUGGAGCUGCCAUGGGAUGGAGCAGCCUGGGAUGGAGCUGGAAGGUGUGACUGACUUCAAAGCCCUCCGAGCAAAAUUUCAGAAUGACUCCGACUUGGCCAUCAAGCUGGGGCAGAAACCUCCCGUGGAGAUCCCCCCCAAGCCUGGCUCUGCAGGGAGCACCACAUCCAGCCCUCUGCCCCUGGCCAAGAGAGAGGUGAAGGCGUCAAAAGCUGCCCAUCCCGCCUCCCAGCCCCCUGUGCUCACCCAGCACAUCCCCUUGGCACAGCCUCAGGGGCACAGGGGCAGCGCCUCGGAGCAAGGGCUGAGCUCCCCCAAGAGCAGCUCAGAAAAGCUGUCCCGUGGCACUGACCACCAAGGAUCCAGCCAAACAACUCCAGAGGACCCUCAGCUCCCGGAUUCUUUCCAGCACGUGCUGCAGAUCUGGGAAGAGACUUUAUCCCGCAGGGACAAGACAAGUCCAAGAGUCCCAGCCCAGCGGGCAGCAAACUCAGCUGCUGCUGCAUCAGGCAGGGACAGGAUUCCAGCCCCUGGCAGCUCCCCUGGGCUGGACUGGCGUGCCCAGAGGAAGGAUGCUCUGCAUGGCAGUGGGAUAACUCUUGCUCAGGCUCCCAGAGGACACAGGAGCUCUGAUGGAGCAGGUGCUGAGGGUGUGGUGACACCUGCGUGUCGUGCACCAAGAGAGCCACCUCAGCUCCAGAAAGAAUCAGAGCCUCCCUUUUGCCAGCCUGGAGCAGGAAAAUGGUCCUACAGCCCUGGGAACAAGUGGCCAAGGAUUAAACCUCUCCCUUCAGCUGAAUCCCUGGGUCCUGCCCCUGGGAAGCCUCCAAGACCCCCAAAGGUUGAUCUCAGUGUUUUCCAAAGCACCCUGCCUUUGGUCCACAGAGGAAAUGAAACAACUGCUGGAGAAGAGGAUUACCUGACCCCUGAAAGUGCUCAACUUGAAGAGCAGAAUAAUUAUGAAGAAACCCCGAUGUACCUGAAUCAGUCUGGGGACACCACAACCUUGUGUGUCAUUGAAGUACCUAAGGCAGAGCCUCAAAAACACAAGAAACAGAAGAUUUUUCCAUUUGCCAAAUCCAGUCCAGAAAGAGCUCUAACAGAGGAUGAAAAUGGGGGAAAACCAAGUCAUGAAAGAACGAAACUGGAAGAGAACAAAGUUUUCAAGGCAGGUGGAGAUGGGCACAUGUCUCCCACCAGCCACGCCAGGGCAGGUGGCAGAGGUGGGCUGAAGGUUCUGCAAGGCCAGCAGGAUGUGACCAGUCCCCAAACUGCAGCACAUCCAACCCCACCAGGGCUGGCAAAAGACAGAGCAGAGCACUGGCCCAGCUUGGGUGUUGGUGCUCCCAAGGCAGAAGGAGCAGCCUUGGACCAAAGCCCUUGGCAGGGUCUGCAGGCACCAGAGGACAUCUAUGACGAUGUUGAGGAGCUGCAGGACAGACUCCACGGCUCAGAUGCCUCAAGUUCCUUCACUUCAGACAGCAUUUCAGGAAACAGCUACGAGGAAACAUAUGAAGAUGUUGAGAUUGGGGGUGAUAACCCAGCAAAAACAGAAACAGAAAAACAAAAGAGAUUUGGAAACCUGUUUAAGAUAGAGAAGUUGAAGCUGAACAACUUCAGGCUCAAGGACAACCUAAGACUGGUUUCCAUUUCAGUGCCAAAUUUAGCAUCUGUCUCCCAGGAGGACAACGUGUAUGAUGAUGUCGAGGUGGGGCAGAGAGAGACCAGAGGGAAGGAGGAGAAGGGCAAAGUCUGGAUGCCAAAGCUUCGGAUGGUGAAGGAGUACAAGGACAAAAGGAAAAGCAUCGACGACGUGGAAAGAAAUAUCUUCAAAUUCAAGAAGAGCAGUGAAGAAAAGAACAAGAAGAUGGACGAAGAAGAGAAGUUCUUUAGAGAGACAUUUAUGUUCCAGCAGGAGAUCCGUGUGCUCGGCAGGGCCAGGGCCGAGCGCUCGGUGCCCAGCCAGCGGCGCGCCGACCUGCCGCUCACAGCUGGCGAACAUCUGGAUGUCAUCGCCGUCCCGCACGGCCACGCCGUCAUCUGCCGCAACGCCCGGGGCAGAUAUGGGUACGUUCUGGUGGAGCACUUGAGCUUCAGUGCUAACUACCCUGAGAGCUGCUCUCCCCUGGAGCAUCCCUGAAGGUCUCUUUGUGCUUCCUGCAACCGUGACAGCCCACGUUGGUCAGCUGUGGGGUGAUGAUGGGAAUGUAAAUA